AUGAAGCUCUCCUCCACUUUCGUGCUCUGGACCUUUCUGUCCUCUGCUCUUUUCGCCAUCGCCGCCCCAGCAAACGACAUUCGUGGAGACGACGACCGUGAAAGCAGCGACAAAAACAGCAAGUCACUAAAAUCCAUGGAGCGAAAAUACAAACGGAGCAUCAGGGAAAUCCUAGAUAAGCGCGACCGCAAUCACAAGUGCAACGCUCGUACGGUGUCAAUCCGACGAGAAUGGGGCUCAAUGUCCAGGGGAGAUCGUCUGGACUACAUCAAAGCGGUGCAGUGCUUCACGAAGAAGGCGAGCAUCAGCAAUCCCAAUGUGGUCCCGGGUGCUCGCAAUCGCCUCGACGAUUUUGCGGCCGCACACAUCCAGGAGACAAACAACAUCCACUUCAACGGCAACUUGUACGCAUGGCAUCGCCACUUCGUUUGGACCUACGAGCAGGCUCUCCGUCAAGAGUGCGGUUACCAGGGUGCGCAGCCAUACUGGGACUGGACUAUCAACGCCGACGAUCCUCGCUUGUCUCCUGUCUUUGACGGGAGCAAGCACUCCAUGGGGAGCAACGGCAAGGUGAUUCCACACGGCGCAACGCUGCUCACGGCAUUUGGAAAGGAUUUCACCUUGCCGCCAGGAACUGGUGGUGGGUGCAUUGAAAAGGGGCCAUUUUCUGAUCUAAAGGUCAACUUAGGCGUCAACCCGGUCAUCCUCCCGGCUGCUGCCACCGCCGCCGCUGUUGCCGCCGCUGCUACUGCUGCAGUUGGUACGGGUAUCGCUCCGCCAAAUAUCACCACGGUUGAUGCAAGAAUCAAGGUCAAUACGACAGGAAUCAACCCAGCUCUACAAUACAACCCACGCUGCCUGACACGAGACAUCAAUCUCUUCUGGAGCAAACAAACGCGCGUUUCCGAUGUUGAGUUUGUACUCGGCUGCCCCACGGUUGAUUGUCUUGAGAAGCGUGCCGACGGUUGGGAAUUUGGCCCCGAUGUGCCACAGCCGCUGAUUCAUGCUGCGGGUCACUUUGCUGUUGGCGGGCUCCAAAACGAUCCCUUUGCCAGUCCUGGAGACCCAGUCUUCUUUCUUCACCAUGGUCAAUUUGAUCGUUUAUGGUCCAUUUGGCAAGGACAAGAUCUGAAAAACAGGGUCAAUCAAGUAGGAGGAACUAAGACCCCCUUCAAUGAACCCCCAAGCGCUCCCGUCACUCCAGACGAUAUAUUAGCCUUUGGUGCUAUUGCGCAGCCAGUAAAACAUCGAGAUACCCACUCUACAAUUGACGGGCAAUAUUGUUAUAUGUAUGACUAA